CUACCUGACUCCCAAAAGUCGAUUUUGAGGAGCAGAGCAGUUUCCGUUAUCCAUUCUCUCUCUAUUCACAAACCAAUUAAAAGAUUUUUCAGAUUUUUCUUCUCCCGUUUUACUCUUCGUCCUCUGAAAAACCAAUACAAAUUAGGGUUUUUGAUUUCAAUCAAAUUUGGGGUUUAUCUUUCACCAUGGUUUCUGAUUCAAUCAUCAAUGCUUCCAUUCCCGAUGCUUCCAAGGAUUCCACCAAGAAAAAGAGGUCUAAUUGGUCGGCAAAAUUGAAGCAGUCCAAGCGUGAUGUUCGUCGAGAACAGUGGCUUUCUCAAGGUAAGAACAAGAAUUGCGAGAAGGCAGCUACCGUGGUUGCUCCUUCUGGUGGUGGUGGUAAAUUUAAUGGGCCAACCAUUGACUUUCGGAAGAAGGCAGCUUCUUUGUGUAAGGACUUGGAAGUGAAAAGUCAGAGAGUGGAGGAAAUCAGUCGCAACGACAGUGAUUCGGAAUCAUCUCCGGUGAAUAGUCCGACGAGUAGCAUUUCUGGGGGCAAUGAUCCAGGGAAUACUUACAGUGGGAGCAGCAGUAGCAGUUGUAGUUUUAGCUUCAGUAGUGGUGGGUGUUGUUCAGGGAGUAUGACUGAGGAGGAGGAAUGUGAAGGGGAUGGAGGUUGUGUUGAUGAUGGGUGUUUAGAUGAUUGGGAAGCAGUUGCAGAUGCUUUGGUUGGUGUUUCUGAAGAUAGUCAGGGUCAUAACCAGGAUGUUGUUGUUUCCCCUGAUCGAGAAACCGCGCUUGGAUCGAGUUUUGGAGCUCAACAGACUAGUUGUGAGGAUGUGAAAGCUCAAGAGAACGGAGUUGGGAUUUUGGGCAGGGGUAAUGGAAAUUGCAGAGCUUGGAGGCCAGAUGAUGCUUUUAGGCCUCAGAGUUUGCCUAAUUUAGAGAAGCAACGGAGUUUUCCAUUGCGUAUUGAGAGGCAUCAUGGGUUUACAAACCCUUGGGUUCGUCAUAUGACUCCUUGUGUGCCUACAUCAUGCCCUAUAUGUUGUGAGGAUUUGGACUUGACGGACUCGAGUUUUCUCCCUUGUUCGUGUGGGUUCCAUUUAUGCCUUUUUUGUCACAAGCGGAUUAUUGAGGAAGAUGGUAGAUGUCCUGGAUGCAGGAAGCCAUAUACUUCAGAUCCAAAAGAGAAGGAAACCAAUGUGUGCAGUGCUGGAGGUAGUCUAACAAUUCGUUUGGCUCGAUCUUGUAGCAUGUCAUCUUCAAGGGUUUAAGAGAGAACAUUGAAUUUGUUUUGUUCAGCUUAUGUAUGGUGGAACUAUCUCAGUUUUUACUUUGUGGUGUCUAUCAGUGUUUCGUUCAUCUAGCCUGAUUAUAGUUUGUAGAUGUGGGUAUAAAAGCUUGUGGUUUUAAGCAUCCGAGUUAUUGAUCUGUCUUGAAUAUAGAGUUUGUUCUCAACAUAUGUGGUGCUUUUGGUAGAGGAAUUGAUGCUAGUAUGUGAAUAAUAAGUCGUACAGAAAUUGAAUACAUCUAAGCUUUUUACAAUCUUGUCUA